UCUUUUAUUGAAAGUGAAGGAAAGGGGAGGGGAACCGGGUUUCCUCCUCCUCCUCUGCAGCGAGUCAUCACCCAAAAAGACCACUCAGCCAAUGGAAACCUGCCGCUGGGGACGCACGUAAACUGGACACCUUUAAAACGUAGCUUCUGAGUGUGACACAAGUUCAUUUUUUAGGAAAAGUGUCAUCGGGAGACUUUGGUUACCGGAUGUGUGCGCUUAACCUGAUUUACCCCUGGCUGUCCGCUUUUUUCUCCCAACUGACCAACGGUCUGAACCCUUGUCUGGCGCGGAAUAUUCUUGUCUAAUGUAGUCCUCUCUCUCACGCGCCGUCUGUCCAGGCCACCACAACUAACUACCUUUGAUCUUAUUAAAAUUUCAACAAUCACUGGCUUCUUUAUCAAGUAAAGAUCGUCAUUUCAAUUGACUUUGAUCACCCGUGUAUCUGUCCGUGGUGCUGAAACUCCGUGUCCGUUGAGUGGUGCUGCGCUUGGUGGAUCUGUGGAUCAGAUGUAUUCAGUUAAAAAAAAAAUAGUACAGUGUAAUUCGUAAACAACGAGUAGUUAUUUUGGACAGACAUUUUAAACGGGAGUUUUAAAGCUUCGUAAAACCUCGACGGGAUUCAAAGGAUCACUUGUACUUGGCAGCUGAAAAUGUCUACACGUUGUACCGAUUAUUUAAUUUUUGACAAAUUAGCUACUUUAACUCAGCAGUGAUUUGUUUAGGAACUGCUAAAUUAGGUGAUAUUCUUCAAUUUCUGGAAACCUCUGAAACGUCUGCUUUGGAGGAGAAUCAUCUGAAGAACGUGGAGGAAUAUCCUAUAGGCUGCUAUUUCCAACUGUGUCUGGAUUUUCUAACCGGAUUCGGUAAUAUUGUCGGCACUCUCGCUCGAUUCACGCCGCCAAAACAAAUGCUAGUUUAAAACACCAGCCUAAAUAUACAGAACUCCUCAGCGCUGACAAUGGAGGCGUCCACAAACGGGUCCAGUUUUGGGAUUGACUCUUUGCUGUCUCACAGACCUGGAAGUCCUAUUAUUUCGAAAGGGGACAGUUUGGUGGGCGAAUGCAGGUCUCCUCUGGAGUUAAGCCCGCGGUCUGACCUGGAGAGUGGCUGUUCCUCUCCCCCGUCACCACGGCGGGAGUGCGGCGAAGAGUUAGUGCAGAGACAAGGUCAUGCUCUUGGACUCGAGUCUCACCUACAACAUGGGCAGAUUUCCGCUGGUUCCCAGCCGCGUACGGUCACUUCGUCUUUCCUCAUCAGGGACAUUUUGGCGGACUGCAAGCCACUUGCCGCCUGCGCCCCAUAUUCCAACAAUGGACAGCCCACACAAGAAGCAGGGCGACUCGUGUCCAAAAUUGACGACUUCAUAGACAAAAUGCACAGCAACUCGUCAUCGGACAGCGAAUACAAAGUGAAAGAGGAGGGUGACAGGGAAAUAUCGAGCAGCAGAGACAGCCCGCCGGUUCGACUCAAGAAGCCCAGAAAAGCACGGACUGCCUUCACCGAUCACCAGUUGGCCCAGCUUGAACGCAGCUUCGAGCGGCAGAAGUAUCUGAGCGUUCAGGACAGGAUGGAGCUGGCGGCGUCGCUCAACCUCACAGACACCCAGGUCAAAACGUGGUACCAGAACAGGAGGACGAAGUGGAAGAGGCAGACCGCAGUUGGACUCGAACUGUUGGCAGAAGCUGGGAAUUAUUCUGCCCUACAAAGAAUGUUUCCUUCUCCCUACUUCUACCCACAAAGUUUAGUGUCGAACCUAGACCCCGGGGCAGCCUUGUAUUUGUACCGGGGACCUUCAGCUCCUCCGCCGCCUCUGCAGCGGCCUCUUGUUCCAAGGAUUCUUCUACACGGUCUACAGGGAGGCAGCGAGCCGCCCCCACCUCUCCACUCCCUCUCCGGAGUGCUCCCGCGAGCCACACAGCAACGGUGAGCCGCCCUCUGCGGAGCCACAGACCGACAGCUCAAAAACAAACAAAUGGGGGCAUGUACACAAAGUGACAGAAAAAAUUAAUAUCUAAAACAAAAAACGAACUUGAACUGGACUUUCUCAAAAAGAACUGUUAAAUCUAUCUGUUUAAACAUGGAUAUAAGACCAGUUUAUUUCUCUUUAUAUAUUUAUCUAUUGAAUGAUUUUUCCCUUCAGAGAGACCGGGACAUACAGUAUAACUGGAAAGGAGACAUUUCAUCGUGUGUUUUGUGUCAUAGGUGCGCGGUUCCUAUAGGGUGCAAAUGUCACUCGACCAAAACUCCAACAAACUUGAAGGGUUCAUUUGGAAUGCAGCUUCAGCAAGUUCAGUUUGGUUAGCCUACAGGCCUGGGUGCUGACAAACAGGAUUAGCUUGAUAUGUCUGUAGAAAAAAUAAAAACAAAACCACAUACACAACUGCUGCAGCUGAUAAUAAUAAUAAUAAUAAUAAUAAUAAUAAUAAUAAUAAUAAUAAUAAUAAUAAUAAUAAUAUUAUUUGAAUUCUGCUUUUAAUUUAGUCUACUUCCAUAGCGUACAGGGAACAAAAAUAGUUAGAAAAAACUAUUCCCAUCUGCGGUCGGAAAUAUCUAAAUUUCUGCUAAAAAUCUACUAAUCGCAGUAGAACGCUGACAAACGCUCACAACGGACGGUUCCAAUUAAUGUCAUAACACUGUACUCAAAAUAAAAACUGUGUUCCAGUUC